GCUGGUCAGUGGGAAAUCGGUGAAGGGGUUCCAACCAGAUUUCCCCCAAGCCGAGCCGAGCACUUGGGCCUUCCAUGGCGGCGCUGCUGUCCUGCGCCUGCGGGCACGCCUCCGAGGACUCAGAGCCCACCGAGACGGAGGAGCGGCCCUACGGCUACGAGGACCGGCCCGGCUACGCGCCGCUGCCGCGCUGGAGCCCCUGGCUGUGUUGUGGGAAUCAGUACAGCGCCGCGGCCAGCGACUUCCAGCGGGUGAUCUCCACCGUGGUUCCGAAGAACCUGGAUGGUCGAGAGACGCCGCAGCUCUCGACGCACCAGAUCCUGUUCGAGGACCAGCACGGCGCGGAGUCGGAGUCGGCGCGGCGCAGGGCGAAGAGCUGCAUCCUGCAGGGGGCGCGCCUGGUGUGGGAGGCAGUGGGGCAACAGCAGCGGACGCUGGUACACUGCGAGUGGGGCCAGAACCGCUCCGGCUCCAUCUGCUGCGCCUUCGCCGUGCUUUAUUUGGGCUGGUCCGCAGAUGCGGCGAUCAGAUACUUCCGCGAGCAGAACCGGCUGGAGCGCAGUUACCAGGGGCAGCUCCCUAUGAGCAACAGCGCCUUCAACAAGCUGUUGGAGGAGAUCGAGGGGGAGCGGGCCCUACACCUGGGCGGUGUGCGGGCCAUGUCACCGCCGCCCCAGGUGAUUGUCACUGGCACCCGGAAGGUGGAGGAUGGCAAUAGCAUCCAGAACUUUGUCAACUCGCCGGAGCUGCGCCCCCUGGACUUCCCGAGUCCAGUUGGAUCUGGGGGCAUGGCCCAAUGAGUCAUCGAGCGGGCAAAACGGCCUGUUUUCAUGCCGGCUUUCCGCCACGGGGAAAUCGCCAGCAAUUUCUAGCUGCCGGUUGAUUCACAGAUGGCAAACGUGGGAUGGGUGAAAGUCAU